AUGUCAGAAACCGGGGUCCCAGACACUUACGAGAACAUCAAGACGCACUUCCCUGCUGCGCGAAUUAAGAAGCUCAUGCAGACGGACGAGGACAUCGGAAAGGUGGCCCAGGCAACUCCGGUGGCGGUUGGCCGGGCAUUGGAGCUGUUUCUAUGUUCGCUUGUGGAAAAGUCUGUGGAAACUGCAACCACAGAGCAAAGCAAAAAGAUUACCAUCCAAAUUCUCAGCAAAACGAUCCAAGAAAACGAACAAUUCGACUUUGUGGUGGGCGUGUGCGACAAGUAUCUGCACAAGAAUUCCAACGUUUCCUCAACUGCAUCAUCUGCAUCUGCUAAUCAGGACUAA